CCAAAAAAAAAUCAAGUCCUGCAUUGUCGCCUAAACAUUGCAAUAAAAUAAAAUCUAAACAAAAAUGCAGAGAUUUCUAGGGAGAAGGGUAUUAUCGGAAACUAAAUUAUUCCGGCCGUAUUCGUAUUCCGGCGGCUGCUCUUUUUCUCAGCUUGCACAGAAAGAAUCACCAACUCACAAGAUUGAUAAUGACUCUUUUGUCCCUAAAAUGCCCGCUUUUGAUUACACUCCGCCGCCGUACACCGGCCCCUCCGCCGCCGAGAUCAUCGAUAAGCGUAAACAGUAUCUCAGUCCGUCGUUAUUCCAUUUAUAUAAAAAACCUAUAAACGUGGUGGAUGGUAAGAUGCAGUAUUUAUUUGAUGAGACUGGGCGUAGAUAUUUGGACGGUUUUGGAGGGAUUGCUACGGUGUGUUGCGGGCAUUGCCAUCCUGAUGUGGUUGACUCAGUAGUCAAACAAAUGAACCGUAUCCAACACUCUACAGUUCUUUAUCUUAAUCAUGCAAUUUCCGAUUUCGCCGAGGCUUUGGCCGCGAAAAUGCCCGGAAAUCUUAAGGUGGUGUUUGUUACGAAUUCCGGGACGGAAGCGAAUGAGUUGGCUUUAAUGAUAGCGAGAUUGUAUACAGGAUCUAAUGAUAUAAUAUCAUUAAGAAAUGCUUAUCAUGGGAAUGCCUCCGGGACUAUGAAUGCUACUGCUCAAUCUAUUUGGAAAUUUAAUGUUAUUCAGAGUGGAGUUCAUCAUGCGCUGAACCCGGACCCAUAUCGAGGUGUGUUUGGUUCAGAUGCAGAGAAGUAUGCCAGAGAUAUUCAAGAUAUUAUAGACUUUGGAACUACUGGCCAUGUGGCUGGAUUUAUAUCUGAAGCUAUACAGGGAGUUGGUGGAAUUGUAGAAUUGGCUCCAGGUUACCUGCCAGCUGCGUAUGAAAGUAUUAGAAAAGCCGGAGGCGUUUGUAUAGCCGAUGAGGUUCAGUCGGGGUAUGCCCGCACGGGAAGUCAUUUCUGGGGAUUUGAGACCCAGGGUGUCAUUCCUGACAUAGUGACAAUGGCAAAGGGUAUUGGAAAUGGUAUUCCUCUAGGUGCUGUUGUGACAACUCCAGAGAUUGCUGAAGUAUUAACCCGCCGCAAUUACUUCAACACAUUUGGUGGAAACCCUGUAUGUACUGCUGCAGGGCUGGCUGUUCUAAGAGUGAUUGAGAAAGAAAAACUUCAGGAAAAUGCAUUUGUUGUUGGGUCUCAUCUGAAAGACAGACUGACUGAGCUCAAAGAUAAAUACGAAAUUAUUGGAGAUGUGAGGGGAAGAGGGUUGAUGCUUGGAGUUGAACUAGUAACCGAUCGCCAAAAGAAAACUCCUGCAAAGACUGAAACUUUACAUGUAAUGGACCAGAUGAAAGAAAUGGGUGUUUUGAUCGGAAAAGGUGGAUUCUACGGAAAUGUUUUUAGAAUUACUCCUCCCCUCUGUUUCACUAAAGAGGAUGCAGAUUUCCUUGUCGAUGUGAUGGACCACUCAAUGUCAAAGAUUUGAAGCCUCCAGAUCGAAUAUAGAUAAAGCUUUUAUGUUAAUCAUCCAGAAAUUGAUGAAAAUGUCUUUGUACAAUUUCCCGUCGAGAGUGAGUAAAUUGUGAAAACAUUAAUAGGUUGCUUUUAAAUCAGUUGCCGUUACUCUUAUAAGUAAAGCGACGAGCCAACAUCUCGUUGUCUCUUGCUGAAAUCUGUAUCAUUUUGAAGGUUUUUUAUGACGAUUUUUGUUUCCUAUGGGUCAGUAAUCAGAACUAUGUUUUUUGUUGCAUUGCAGUACUGUAUCACAUUAACACUGAAAACCAGUGUAAUAUCUGAAAAACAUCUUGCCUUUUGUUUU